AUGGGCGACUCUGGCUACCGGGGCAUCUCGGCCGACCAGGACUCGCGCUUCAAGAACAAGGAUGCCGCGCUGCUAAAGACGCUCAAGUUCCCCUCCAACUUUGACAAAAAGGUCGACAUGAAAAAGGUCGAGCUCAGCGUCAUGAAGCCCUGGAUGGCCAACAAGGUGACCGAGCUACUCGGGUUCGAGGACGACGUCGUCCUCGAGUACGUGGCGGGCAUGCUCGAAGAGGAAAGGUUCCCCGACCCCAAAAAGAUGCAGAUCUCCCUCACCGGCUUCCUCGAGUCGCAGACCGCACCCUUCCUCAAGGAACUCUGGACGCUGCUGCUUUCGGCCCAGGAGUCGCCCGGCGGCAUCCCGGCCAUUUUUGUCGAACAGAAGAAGGAGGAGAUGCGCAAAAAGAGGGAGGAGGACGAGAGGAUGCUUCGUCAGGUCAGGGAGCGGCAGGAGAUCAGCCAGUGGCAGGGAGGUCGAGGCCCCGCCCAGCCUCCCGCUCCCACCGCUGGCGGUGGCACACGCAGCAGAGCAUCGAGAUGGGACCGAGGCGGCGCUGACCCAGUGCCUGUGCCCGUGCCGGGACAGCUCGAGCAACGAGGCUUCGACCGAGGCCGGGGUCAGGCGCAAGCGCAGGGGCCUCGGGUGUUCAAGGACAAGAGCGGCAACGUCACCGAGCGCGUCCAGGACACGGGCUGGGGCGCGCGAGCGAGGACGCCGGCCGCAGCAACGCCAAGCGCGAGCGACGGGCUACCUCAUCCGAACGAAUCACGCUCUCUGCCGCCACCACCUCCUCCAGCGGCUGCGCAGGAGUCAGGCUCCGGACACGCCCCCGGCUCCCGCCGUGAUGAGCGAGACGGCAGAGGCCGCGACGCAUACGACGAUGGCAGGGCGGGGUACGACCGAAACGAACGAGCUCGCGACGACUACCGCGACCGCGAUCGCGAUCGCAGAUCGCCUCCACCCGCCUCAUCAUCGCGGUACGGCUACGACCGCUACGAUCGGCACGAGCGCAGGGACGACCCCUGGCGAGGCAGUUACGAGCGGGACGAUCGCAGACAAGCAGCCGACCGCUACCGAGACGACUACCGCUACCGCGUCGACGACCGAUACCGAAAAGACGACGUCAGCCGCAGCGACCGCCGUUACCGCGAAGACGUUCGAGAGCCGGAUCGCAGCCGAAGCAGCAGGUACAGCAGGCGAUCGCCCGACAUCCGAAGCCCGAGUCGCAGUCGCAGCAGGAGCCGAAGCCGAAGCCGGGACAGAAGGCCGUCGAGGCCCGAGAGGAGCCGCAAAGAGACUCGCGGUCCACCCUCGGAUCGAUCAGUCACGCCAGACUAUUCGAGGAACAAACGACCGCGCCGAGACACUCGAGAUUACGACGACGAUCGGGAUGCCAGAGGUUCGGCGAGGUCGUCGAAGCGCUACGAUCGCGAUGAUCGCGAGCGGGGCAGGGCCCGGAGCGCAAGCAGGAGCAGAAGCCGGGACAGGAACAGGAGCCCAUCGAGGAGCAGGAGCCCAAGCAGCGACAGGAGCCCGGAGAGGAGAUACCGCAGGAGCGCGGACACGUCGGUGAGGAGGCCCCGUGACGAUGUCGGCGACGCCAGUCCCCGUGCGGAGAAGCCCACCCGCGGCAGGCCGAGGAGGAGCAAGUGGGACGACAGCGACGACGAGGGCCCGUCGGAGCGCGCAAGGCAGGUCGACGACGAGGCCGCUCGAGAGCAAGCGCUGCGCGAAAAGCUGCUUCGUGCGAAGCAGGCUCAGGCUUGA